GUCUUUUUCGCGUGGUAAACCGAAGCCGCGGUCCGCAUUCGCGUGUGUUGUGUGUUGUGAGGCGCGCGCGUGCGUGUGUGUUUGCGAGUGGUGCUCGCGGUGUGCUUGUGUUUGCUUGUAGUCCAAAAUCCGGUUGUUGCUAGAGCAACGAUUUUCCAAAGGUUGGUGCGCGAGUGGUGUCACGACAAGAAAGUAGGCAGGAUUUUGCAGAUAAUUUCCGGAUCCCAUUCCUUGCGGAAUCCUUUCCACGCAUCACGCAAACCCCGUAGAGACAGGUGUGCGAGAGAGGGAGAGCUUUGCUUUGGUUGCUGAUUCCGUUUACCAUAGGACGGCAAAUGUCAAAAGGUUGUAGAAGCGGCGGCACCUACAUGCAUCCAUCCCUUCCAGCCCCUGCGCGUGUUUGUUGAAGUGUGCAAAGUGAAAGAGAAACCGGUCUCGGCUACGAAUCCCUAGCAAGCGGUGCAAAUCUGUGAGCGAAUCAUCAAAUCCAAAAAGGAGAAGAAAAGAAGGUAGAAAAGAUAUUGCUUGACAUAACCUCACGGAGGCGAUUGGAAAGGUCGCUCUAGGCGGCCAGAAGAGGCGGAAGGUGUUCGUGACGCGUUUGGGUAGAAAAAGGGGUAACCAUUACCGACCUGCAGUACAGGAAGCGGCAACCCAUCGCGAACUGUUGGAGUACGUCAAGGGGACAAGGGACUAUCACGCCCGGAGGCUCGUCGAGUCGAUUGACAAGUUCCGGAAUUUCGUCGACAGCCGGAGUUGCGGCCCAGAGCACGGAAAGUAGAGAUAUUCCACCGGAGCGUCGAAGUAGGCAGCGAAUGACGCAGCGAACGGGAAGUGGAGAGCAAUAAUAAAAUGUUCAUUUAAAACUCGCCAAAUGCCAAAAAAGACGCCAACAAGAUUCGCCGAAAAGCGCGUGACUGUGUUAGAGUGGCAAUAGGCAACCGACCGACGGGAAAAAAAGGGAAAGGCUGAACGCAAGCACCUGCAGCGCGAGAUACACGUCACUUUUAUUUGUAAAAGGAAAUUGCAACAUAUCAGCAACCUGAAACGCACCAUACUCAACUUAUAUCUACGACGAAAUCUUCCCCACGUCGCAUAUCUUGAUGACGGAAACUUGCUGAGACAAGUUCGACAUAUAACGUUCGUGUAGAGAGACACAUAUCCACCUUUUGGAUGCAAUCGUAGGAGGAGAAGAAGAAGCUGUACGCAGAAAGAGCGAUGCGUACCGGUGAUCGUACGUUGGAUCGGAGAACGUAACACAGGAUCACGGGAAGUUUGUUUUUAAAAAAGAGCGAAGGAAAGGAAACACAAACAUUAGAGAGAGUGGAAUUGGAGAAAGGGAUUCCUCGAGCAAGUUCUGUGCCAGCCAAGUGAGCUGGAACACACAGUAUAAAUUCCUUCAGGAAAGCACAAAACAAUACACACAACGUCAAAAUGGCACUCCUCGGUAGACGGAGAUCUUCGUUCCUCAAACUAGCGGCCCUUGGUGCCGUGCUGUGGUUUAUGGCCGUGUUUGUGCUCUACUCGGACGACGGAAGUCGGGGCGCUGUACCGAGCGGAGGUAGUGGAAGUGGGGCAGCCAGUGGUGGCGGUGCGAUGGAGUAUGAUUCGCCACGGCGAGCCCUACCCUUGGAAGGAAUCCGGAAUAAGUUCAAUCAGUUCAUCGAGAACGCACGGCAGGACGCGAACCGACCGGAGGAACCGUUGAUGCCAGCGCGUGACGUGAACUUUGUCGACCACAACGGGUUGGACGGAGCGGACGAUGAUAACGGGGGUGAGAUGGGCGGUGCCGUUGAUCCGGACAUUGACGAGCCGCCGGUGGUGAAGACGGCCAAGGAGGUGCCAUCGAAGCCGAGCCGAAUGCAGGAACAGUCACCGAUUGGAGGUGCACUAGUACUGCCCGGUGUGAUCGCACCGCCGAGCGAUGGACCGGGUGAGCUCGGCAAACCAGUCAUCCUACCGAAGGAUCUUUCGCCCGAGGUGAAGAAGCUAGUCGACGAAGGUUGGACCAAGAACGCCUUCAACCAGUACGUGGCGGACAUGAUCUCGAUCCGGCGAUCGCUGCCGGAUCCACGGGAUGCCUGGUGUAAGGAUCCGAAUCGCUACCGGGACGACCUCCCACCGACCUCCGUCAUCAUCUGCUUCCACAACGAGGCGUGGUCGGUACUGCUCCGUACCGUGCACUCCGUUCUCGAUCGAUCGCCAGAUCAUCUCGUCGCGGAAGUGAUCCUCGUCGACGACUUUUCCGACAUGCCUCACACGCAGAAACAACUGGAGGAGUACUUCCUGGCCUACCCGAAGGUGAAGAUCGUGCGGGCGGCCAAACGCGAGGGUCUUAUUCGUGCCCGUCUGCUCGGUGCUCGACAUGCAACGGCACCCGUCCUUACCUACCUCGAUUCUCACUGUGAAUGUACCACCGGCUGGCUGGAACCACUGUUGGAUCGAAUCGCGCGCAACUCCACGACCGUCGUCUGCCCGGUGAUCGACGUGAUCGACGACAACACGCUGGAGUACCACUACCGCGAUUCCGGUGGCGUUAACGUUGGCGGGUUCGACUGGAACCUUCAGUUCAACUGGCACGCGGUCCCGGAGCGCGAGAAGCGAAAGCAUCAGAGUCCCGCUGAACCCGUCUGGUCGCCAACGAUGGCCGGCGGUCUGUUUGCCAUCGAUCGGGUGUUCUUCGAGCGGCUCGGCACGUACGACUCCGGUUUCGACAUCUGGGGUGGCGAGAAUCUGGAGCUGUCGUUCAAGACGUGGAUGUGCGGCGGCUCGUUGGAGAUCAUACCGUGCUCGCACGUCGGCCACAUCUUCCGGAAGCGUUCACCCUACAAGUGGCGAACCGGCGUGAAUGUGAUCAAGCGUAACUCGGUCCGGCUGGCGGAGGUGUGGAUGGACGAGUACGCACAGUACUACUACCAGCGUAUCGGCAACGAUAAGGGUGACUACGGCGACGUCACGUCACGCAAGAAGUUGCGCGAGGAGUUGGGCUGCAAGUCGUUCCGCUGGUAUCUGGACAACAUCUAUCCGGAGCUGUUCGUGCCGGGCGAUGCGGUCGCAUCGGGCGAGGUAAGAAACAUGGGUUACGGCAAUCGAACGUGUCUGGAUGCGCCGGGAGGCAAGCGGAACCUGCGGAAACCGGUCGGACUGUACCCGUGCCACAACCAGGGUGGCAAUCAAUACUGGAUGCUGAGCAAAACGGGCGAAAUCCGGCGGGACGAAGCGUGCCUCGAUUACGCUGGCGAUGACGUCGUGCUGUACCCGUGCCAUGGGUCCCGGGGCAAUCAGUACUGGAACUUCUCGGCCGACACGCACCUGCUGCGCCACGGUUCGUCCGACCGCUGCCUGGCGAUCAACGAGGCGAAGAACAAGCUGAUCAUGCAGGACUGCAACACGGCCGUCGAGGCGCAACGGUGGUCAUUCCAGAACUACGACGCGAGCAAGCUGUGAGUCCGGACGUUCGCCGCGUGAACGCCGGGAGCUCGGAGCGGAAUGCGAUACCGAUGGCCGUUCCCGGUGCGUUAGUUAGAACCCUCCGUUCCAUGGGGUGAUGCCACAAUCGAGAAGAAGUUAACGGGAACCGGAACCGACGCUUCCAUUCCAUCCGCUUUGAAGUUCCAAACAGGCGAUUAGUUCCGGACAAAAACGACUUUACAUUUCGUGAGUGCUGCUGGUAGAAUAUUUUAUUUUAAUUCACGACGAAAGACAUAAAAAGGAAGCGCGAAUUAGGAUUUUGAUUUUCUUCCCCCAACCACCCCACCCGAUUGUGAUGUUUGGUAAGUGUUGAUAAGUAAAACCGUUUCGUUCGGUUUCGCCUCCUCGCCAUCGUCGUUAUCUCGAACUUGCCAAUAUGCGUCGAACUUAACCAGCUAGAAAACGUUCAAAUGUAAAAACAUUGAGUCGCAAACGUUGAGGCCGCAAAGAACCUACAUGGCACAGAUAAAUAAGAGAACGGAGGAGGCAAAACACAAUCACUUACAACAGAAAGACUUCGAACGUUAAACGCGCGAGGAUAACUAGUAUUAAACCCAUUCUGUUUUCUUGUAUAUAUUUAAGUACAUACGUUCUGGAGCUAUGGAAAAGUGAAGAAACACGCCUUCCGUUUGGUUUUUGUCCUGGAAAACAAAAAAUGCUUGCUCCAUAGAGCGACAGGAGAACCCCUACAAACCGUUCCAAGAAAGGGACGUAAGGUGGUUUGUUUAAUUUAACGUAAUAUUUGUUUAUUUGUUUGUUAGUGAAAUGAAAAAAAACGAAAACAAAUCCCGGCGAAAUGUGACUAUUACACCUAUUUUUAAAAAAACGACUGCCAUACGAGACGUGAGAAUGCGAGUUGUUUAUUUUUUUUGUUUGUUUCUUUCUCGCUAGCAAUAAUCGUGCAAUCGACGGCCAAGUAUCGAUUGAUAAAAAAGAAAAAGAUGGGAAAAAUAAUGUAUGUAAAAAGAGGGAAAAAGUUGUAAUCAAGAAAAAUCAGACACACUUGAGAUAGGAAGCCAGCAAAAUGGAAUGAAAUUAGUUAUACCUAAAAAGCUUUCCGAACAAGAAAAGGUUAUUUCCCAAUCAAUGCAACAAUCGUCAAGACUUAGCUACGGAAGAUUUCAACACUUGAAAACACAACCAAACAACAGACGGAACAAAAAGCGAAACGAAAAGGGAAACCGCUCGACAGACAAUCCUUACGAUGAAACAACCCAUUUUAAACUCCAAACAAAACUCUAACCCUCCACUGCAGAUGGAUACUAAAACUGCCAUCUUAUCUUCUCAAUGAGUUUGACUCAGUUAAACAGUUGGUCGAUGACGGCCAUAGAGGUUCUGUUUUGUGGUUUAUUGAUUACCGUUUUGAUAGAAAUACUGAAACCAAGGGAAAAAAUUUGCUCAAAAGCACAACUCACAACGAUAAGUCGCUUCCGGUUGAAGGCACGAUUUGAGGCACGAGAUGAUGACGAAUACAGUUUACCGAGGCAGUACUAUAGUGGACAUUGGUUUGCAAAAGAAGGGCGUUGAGUGUUUGAGUACAUUAGUGAGUGAAAGGGAUAGUAAAAAAGCGAGUGAACGGGAAACGGUAUGAUCGGGUGUAACGAAUUCAACAUAUCAAUUGAAUCCUAACGAAUUCCAUGAGUAAACUUUACCACAGUAUCAUUCAUUCAUUCCAACGGAGGCAAGAAAUAGGUGAAAGGAAACAAGUAAAGGAAGACGUUAUGGAAAAAGAUACUCUUCAAAUCCAUAUCAGAAACUGCUGGACAUUUAUGUUGAUUUAUUAUAGCUGAGCUGUUCAUACAUAGAGCCCCGUUAGACAAGUGUACUAAA